AUGGGAUCAGAUCUAUUUAGGAACACAACUCUUAUUACUGGUAAUUUAUCCAGUCAACAGGAGGGGCCCAGCCUUUUGAAAGUCAUAUUGAUUGCUACCAUCACUGCAAUAGUUAGCCUUGUAACAAUAAUAGGCAACAUAUUAGUCAUUGUGUCAUUCAAAGUGAACAGUCAGCUUAAAACUGUGAACAAUUAUUAUUUGUUAAGCCUGGCGUGUGCAGAUCUCAUCAUUGGUGUCUUUUCAAUGAACCUCUACACUUCUUAUAUACUAGUAGGUCAUUGGUCCUUAGGUACUCUGGCUUGUGAUCUGUGGCUGGCGUUGGACUAUGUAGCAAGUAAUGCUUCUGUUAUGAACUUGCUAGCCAUAAGCUUUGACCGAUAUUUCUCUAUCACCCGACCUUUGACCUACAGGGCUAAACGCACACCCAAAAGGGCAGCUAUCAUGAUCGGACUUGCCUGGAUGAUAUCGUUCAUACUAUGGGCUCCUGCAAUUUUAUGCUGGCAGUACUUGGUUGGAGAAAGGACAGUUCCUUCUAGUGAUUGUCAGAUCCAAUUUUUGUCUGAGCCAAUUAUUACAUUUGGGACCGCAAUAGCUGCUUUCUAUAUACCAGUGUCGGUGAUGACGAUAUUAUACUGUCGUAUCUAUAAAGAAACUGAAAGACGCACAAAGGAUCUGGCAGAACUUCAAGGAUCAAAUUUAGGUUCCGAAAAUGAAAUUGCUUCAGCUUCCAAGAAGACUCUUUUCAGGUCCUGUUUUGGUUGUGAAGGGCACAAGAGGUCUAACAGGGAAAGGUGCCAAGUCUCAUGGUCUUCUUCCAGCAGAAGCACCACAGUGACUCUAAGAACCACACAUGCACAAAGUGUUGUAGACGAAUGGUCAAAAAGUGACAAAGCAGGCUCGUUUGCUAGUUACCCAUCAUCAGAUGAUGAAGAGAAACCAACUACAAAGUCAGUCUUCUCUGUGUCGUUUAAGACCCAGGCAAAUAAUCAGAAAGAGGAGUUCAAUAGUGAAGAAGAUAAAAAGAUUUCCCUGGAAGACCAUCCCAUGAUAAACGAUUACGAAAACUCAAACUGUUUGGUUUCCCCCGCAAAAUGCCAAAAACAGAAAGAUAAAAAAUGCGUUUCUUACAAAUUUAACAAAUUGACCAUUACAAAUAGCAGUUUUCAACCAACUCCAGAUUCAAGUAAUGGUUGCACACAAAUCAAAAUAACACCGUGCUCCUCUACUGACUCUGAGGCUCCAUUCAUUAAAAAUCUUGAUCAAAAUCUUAAAAAUCAAAUCACCAAAAGAAAACGGAUGGUUUUAGUCAAAGAAAGAAAGGCAGCACAAACCCUCAGUGCAAUCCUUCUGGCUUUCAUCAUCACGUGGACACCUUACAACAUCAUGGUCCUCGUCUCAACCUUCUGUUCAAACUGCAUACCAGUUUCAUUAUGGCACCUUGGCUAUUGGUUGUGCUAUGUCAACAGCACAGUCAAUCCGAUGUGCUAUGCUCUUUGCAACAAAACGUUUCGUAAGACUUUCAAAACGUUGCUUUUAUGUCAGUGGAAAAAUAAAAGAAAUGAAGAAAAGCUGAACUGGUACAGUCAGCACCCAGCCACCAACAAGUAA